AUGGGCAACUUAUUCGAAAAUUGUACCCAUAGAUAUUCAUUCGAGUACAUAUAUGAAAAUUGCACAAAUACUACAAAUCAGUGCGGUCUUAUAAGGAACGUAGCAUCAUCAAUCGAUGUAUUUCAUUGGCUUGAUGUCUAUAUUUCUACAACUAUUUUUGUGAUUUCGGGGAUUUUAAAUUUUUAUUGCUUGUUUAUUGCACUCUACACAUAUUAUUUUCUUGAUAACGAAACCCGAAAGCAUUAUGUAUUUGUACUCAGCAGAUUUCUCUCCUCAAUACUUGUCAUAAUAUCCCUUUUGGUGCUAGAAAGCACACUAUUCUCGGAGAGUUUGUCUCCGACAUUUGCAUAUUAUGCUGUUGCAUUUUCAAUUUACGAUUUCAGUAUGGACACCUUGUUCUUCUCCUACAUAAUGAUCUCCCUGAUCACCUAUUUUGGUGUAGUUCACUACAAUUUCUAUCGACGCCAUGUGUCAUUAAGAUCUCUCUACAUUAUACUCAUUUCAAUGUGGACAUUUUCUUUAGCAAUAGCGAUCCCUCUAGGCCUCUACGAAGCUGCGAGUAACUCUCAAGGGCCUAUAAAGUGUGAUUUAAGUUAUUGUGGGAAGGUGGUGGAAUGGAUUACUUUUUCUAUAGCAUGUAUCUCACUUGCAAUAACUGCAUCUCUAACAGGAUUCGCUGUGAUCUCGUUGCACUGGUAUAACUAUAAAUCAAAAACGAACGGUGUCGAUGUCCCUAAAGUGACUACACGUGCCCGUAUUCGUCUCACUUGGACAUUUUUCGCUUUGAUUGUCAUUUGUCUCAUUGAGUUGCUUCCCUUUGGAUUAGUUAUUGGCAAUGAUAAAAGUAGUCUCCAAGGAUGUGAUAGUUUUUACAAUGCCAACGAACUACUUGUUCAGUCAAUAAUAUCAUCUGUGGAAACCCUCGUAGGAUCCCUUGUCUUCUUGACGGAUCCUUUAAUUAAUAUUUUUUUCGACAAAAAUAUUUCAAAAAUGGUCAAGUUACAAAUUACUUACCUCCGCUCGAAAUUGUGCAGAAACCCCCCUCCGACAAAAUUUUGA